CGUGUGAAAGCUGUGGGUCGGCGAGUCUCCCGCCCAGCUGAUGCCAUGUCAACAAACUUGGCGCCGAAAUCAGACUCGAGGCGGGGAUCAGGCUGGAGGAAAAUCCGUAUUUGUUUAUGUUUUCUUCUUGCUAUGGACCUUAUGAUGCCCGCAGGAAAGCGCAGUUAUGAUAAAGAGAAUAGUGAUGGUAACAUGAAAUGUACGAGGUGGAGUUUAGGUGGCGAUGUUGGUACCAAUCCUCCACUCCUGGCCGACAUGGGGUUAUCAAUCCUUCAGGAUGAGGAGAACACUGGAGCCCCUACACCCACACCUCCAACUACAGAAGUAAAUGCAGAUAAACCCCCUCCUCCUCCAAAGGUACUUCAACAAACUAACCAGAAUGUAAUAAGCAAUGGGUCGUUUUUUUCUGAUGAUUCUGUAAAUGUGGAAGAAUUCUUUGUAUAUAAACGUAGACGUCUAGAUGCUAUUGCAGGGGGUGAUAAAUUUAAUCGCAUGUCCGAUGAGUUGAUUUUAGGUGUUUUUCGAUGGCUUCCUAAGUUCAUGUUAGCAAGGUGUGCCCAAGUAAGCAGACGAUGGAAGAGGUUAGCAUUUGAUGAGACAUUGUGGAGAAGACUUGACCUUGGGGGCAAGACACUUAAACCAGGGGUUGUGGGCCGAGUCAUUCUCAGAGGAUCGAGCAUUCUCAGACUAGCCAAAGCUGAGGUGGGCAACCCAAUCUUCUCACCACAGUUGCAUUAUUUACCAAGUAUUCCACCUGUAAGGAGCAAACUCCAGUAUCUUGAUCUCAGCAUGGCUGCCAUCGAGCCACAAGCACUUGAAGAGUUGCUGAGUGUGUGUUUUGACCUUAAGAAGCUAAGCUUGGAACAUUGCACUAUAACUCGGUCCAUCUGCUCACACAUCGCUAACAACCCAAACUUGGAGACUUUGAAUCUUGCAAUGUGUUACGGGUUGUGUCAUUCAUACGUCCUUAACAUUCUCAAUCAUUGCAAAAGGUUGCAGAGUUUAAAUCUUGCAUGGACAGGAUUAUGUGCUUUGGAUUUAAGUGUGAUUUGUCGGCGUUUCCCAGCUUCUUUAGAACGACUUAAUAUAUCAGGCUGUAGAAGUACUCUGUCAGACACACAUGUGCGCUUACUGGCAGAGCAGUGUUCAGGCCUGGUAGAGCUAGACAUAAGUGAUGGAACUCAGCUUACUGCAUCUGCCGUAUCUGUUAUCAUCAGUGAAUUACGCCAUGUUGAGUACUUGGCAUUUUCAAGAUGUUAUAAUAUACACCCAGAUGCUUACCUUGAACUAAAGUCAAUGCCACAUUUACUCUACCUGGAUGUAUAUGGCAUCCUUAGUGAGAGUGCGCUGAGUACGUUACGACAAAGUCUUCCACACAUCCAGAUCAACAAGUACUUGUUUUCUUCUGUUGCUCGGCCUACUGUUGGAAUCCGCAGAACGUCUGUAUGGGGACUGAGAGUAAGAGAUUAAGUUUACACUAUUGAAGACAAAAAGGAUAAUUGUAAGUGCCCCAGUCAGUUGUGUUUUCUGACAAGACUUUCCAAAGACAGAUCAUAUGAUGCUUCUCUACAUGCCAUUCUCUUAGCCCCCUCUACUACAAGCAUAUUAUUCAGAAUGAAUAUAUAACAUUUUUAGGAGAUACUUAAAGCUAAAACAAUUUUCUCCAUAAUAUAUAUAAGCAUUCUAAUGGCUAUUGAUCAGACGAGCUGUCAGUGUGAUAAAGAAUUGUUUUCCUGAUAUCUCAUUGUAUAAUGAAGCAUUUGCAGAACAAAUGGUAGACUAAAAUCAGGCCAAUAUUGUGAUGUGCUGGUGUGUACAUGAAGUGCAAUAACAUUAGGAUUUUGUUAAUAAUAAUAAUAAUAAUAAUAAUAAUGAUAAAAAAUUGAGGAUUAGGAAGAGAUCUCAUGUACCUUGUGCAUCAGAAAUAAAUGCAAAUAUGUAAAAAUAUGUUGUUUACAUGUUAAAAUUAUGAGAAAUUAAAUUUAAAUAUCAAUUUGAAUAAGAGGUGGGAUCGGGGUAUUAUUUUCAUGUGUAACAGGACUUGUGAAUUGUUGAGUUCAUCAUGUGAUAAACUUAUCAUAACCAUACGAUAAGUUCAUCAUUAUGAAUACUUAUGAAUUGCAAACUAUAUAAAUUGCUAUCCAAUUGCAGAUUAAAAGAGUUUCCUUGUCUGAUCUUAUGCUUUACUUCAUUAAUAUGUUGAAUUUAUAUCACUGCCAAGACUUGGCUAUGUUGGUGGCAUGUUAGUAUUGUAUUGCCAAAUGAUUUAAUGCAUUUUUAAAGUUUAAAUAAUGAAUGAAUGUUUACUUCAAAGAAGUAUGCCAUGAUUCAGUAGCUCCCAAGAGAGCAGAAAAACUAGGAUAGAAUGUAUUGAAUGCAUAAAUUAACAUUUCAUAUGGUAGGUAUUUUAGUAAACUUGUUGGAGGAAGGCAGUAUGAAUGCAAAUUAGUGUAAUGACAAUUUUUAUUUUUUUUUUUAUUGUUAUUUUUAUGUCACAAUGUUUGAACAUCCAUAUCAUUAACAUUUAUGGAAGAUAAAUGUUAGAAAAGAAGACCUCAACUGCCAGUUGAGGUCCUCUUUCAUACUGAAGACAUUUUUGGGAAAUUCAAUAAGUUUGUCCUCUUGGCAUGCUAUCUAAUUUGCAUGAUUUUUGGGGGGGACAUCUAGGAAUUAUAUUCAUUGGGUUCAUUUGUAUAUAAUAGUUCUGUCAUCCUUUCCAUUGUUGUGAUUUAAUAGAUUCAUUUAGUUUUUAAUGUGACUAACUUUCUAAGUACCAUGUAAAUUUUGAUGUUCAUAAGUCAUUCUUGAGUUGCUCAAUACUUAAGUUAAGAUUACUGUUGGAUAUAUUCACUGUUAGGUGUGAAUGAGCGAAUUACAAACAUCUCUUACUUUCAUUUUCAUUACUACAUACGAGCACCUUUUCCCCUGCACGUAUAAAGUUGGAUGCCUUAUGUACAAUAUUUCAUGUGUUUGGUACUGUUUCCGUACCAUAGGCACUGGUGAUAAUUUUGUUGUUGAUUUUGGUAUCACAGGCAAUAAGCAAAAUCCAGUGUAUCAAAAGGAUAAUGGGCUGCCUCAGCAGAUAUCUUUAUACCCAAGAAGAAUAGUGGAAGAGAAAAAAAGAGAAUGGUGUAUGUUUGUUAAAUAACAUAAAAAUCUAAAAUAACGUGAAGAGCAGUCAUACAGAUAUUGUGGAUCAUAAAGUGAAGGAAGGUAGGUAAUGGCGUGAAGUGUUGUCACUGAAAAAUAAUGAAAGAACGUUACUGCUCUUUCAGUAAAAACCUUAUGAAUGAUCCAGACAAAUCAGUUCAUUUUAUUAAUUAAAGAUAAGUGUAGAUAAUUUGAAUAUUUUGUAUAAUUUAAUUUAAAUUGUUAAUUAGAAGUUUUGUUUACAAUUUUUUUUUUACUCAUUGCCACUUAAAAAUGCAUUCUAUUUUCAAGGUUAUUCAUUACAUUUUUGUAAAUUUUGUUCACAAUUGUCGAUAUUACAAUAUUUUUGCAAUUUAUAAAAGUUGCUUUUGAAUAAAAGUUCACUGAACUGUG